UAUUGUGAAAGAAGAAGAGGAGGCUGUUAUUGUGAAAGAAGAAGAGGAGGCUGUUAUAGUGAAAGAAGAAGAGGAGGCUGUUAUAGUGAAAGAAGAGAAAGAACCUUUUAGAGGAAAAGAGGAUGCUAUCUCAAUAAAGGUGAAGGAGGAAAACGUUUUGAGAGUGAAAGAGGAGACAGAAUAUCAGAUUAACACCAGAGAGAGACAUGACUAUCCUGGAUCCUCUGGGAAGCCUCAACAGCAUCCUGAUGCUGACGAGGCAGAGAAGAGUCUCUCCAGAUCAGAACACAAGAUGGACAACGCUUGCCCUUCCAUCCUCCCGGAGUGCCCGUGUCGUGCCUCUCCCGGUCGCACCUUACUGCUGGGUAUGAAGAGGUUGUCUGUGCUGCUGGUGGACUGCAGGAAAACAACGGGGCUGAGUGGAACUGUGAGAGGAGGAGAAGAGAAGAAAGGAUCAGAUUUAACUCAUCAAAGAGAAAGACCAGACUCGGAGGAACCAGAGCCAGGGACGUCCAAACCAGCAAGAAGACACCAGUGCUCCCACUGUGGAAAGGGUUGUAACCGGUUAUGGGACCUGAAACAACACGAGAUAAUACACACAGGGAAGAAGCCUUACAACUGCUCCCAGUGUGGAGAGAGUUUUAACCAGAAAAGCUACCUGAAAAAACACGAGAGAAUACACACAGAGGAGAGGCCUUACCACUGCUCCCAGUGUGGAAAGAGUUUUACCUACUUGUGUAAUCUGAAAACGCAUGAGAGAAUACACACAGGAGAAAAGCUGUACUGCUGCUCCCAGUGUGGAAGGAGUUUUACCCACUUACGUAACCUGAAAAGACAUGAGAGAAUACACACAGGGGAGAAGCCUUACCAUUGCUCCCAGUGUGGAAAGAAUUUUGCCCACUUAAAUAACCUGAAAACACAUGAGCAAGUACACAAAGGUGAUAAGCCUUACUGCUGCUCCCAGUGUGGAAAGAGUUUUAACCAGAAAAGCUACCUGAAAAAACACGAGAGAGUACACACAGGAGAAAAGCCUUACCACUGCUCCCAGUGUGGGAAGGGUUGUAACCAGUUAGGUGACCUGAAACGACAUGAGAGAAUACACACAGGAGAACAUCUGUACUAUUGCUCCCAGUGUGAAAAGGGUUAUAACCACUUAGGUGACCUGAAACGACAUGAAAGAAUACACACAGGAGAAAAGCCUUACCACUGCUCCCAGUGUGGAAAGAGUUUUACCCACUUACGUAACCUGAAAACACAUGAGAUAAUACAUACAGGGGAGAAGCCUUACCACUGCUCUCAGUGUGGAAACCGUUUUAUCCACUUAUGUAACCUGAAAACACAUGAGAUAAUACACACAGGGGAGAAGCCUUACCACUGCUCCCAGUGUGGAAAGGGUUUUAAUCAGAAAAGCUACCUUAAAAAACACGAGAGAAUACACACAGGAGAGAAAUCUUACCACUGCUCCCAGUGUGGAAAGGGUUUUAACCAGUUAGGGGACCUCAAACGGCAUGAGAGAAUACACACACAGGGGAGAAGCCUUACCACUGCUCCCAGUGUGGAAAUCAUUUUGAUCAGUUAGGUAACAUGAGAACACAUGAGAUAAAACACACAGGAGAUC